AGUUAUUGUAUCUAAUAGUUUUUAAUUAAUAAAUCCAAAAUAGUAUUUUAAACUCCAUAAUGAGCUACAGCGCAAUUUACGAGAACUACGCGAGUAAUUUCAAAGAGUUUGAAUUCGAGAAAACGGACCGCGACAAGUCCGAGUGUUGUCAGGUGAAAAAUGAAAGUAAACCUGCGGAAAUCCAAGAGGGCGGCGAGGAGAAGGAGCCUCAUGUGGAGCAUGUGCUGGGGCCUAGCAGGCGAUGCUUGGCCUGGGCCUGUAAGGCCUGCAAGAGAAAGACUGCAGCGGUUGACAGAAGAAAAGCAGCCACUUUGAGAGAGAGACGACGGUUAAGAAAAGUAAACGCUGCGUUUGAAGAACUGCGUGUGAGAGCCCGCGCGGGCAGCGGGCGACUGCCCAAGCUGGAGAUACUGAGAGCUGCGAUACAACACAUUGAGAGACUUCAAGCGGCGCUACGAGCGGCUGCCGUGUUGGAGUCUGAAAGCUGUAAGGGGUACAUGGACACCCCAGUCGCGGCCACGAGAAGCGACGUGCGCGACCCCAAAAUGGAGAAAGAGAAACCCUUUCUGAACAAUGAAGUCAGUGGUUGUGGAGUAAACAGCCUAGCAAGAUUACGGUGUAUCGUCCAAGCUCUAUCAGUGAAAGACAAUGCUCUAUGACAUUAAUUGAAUGUAAUUAGUAUUUAUCAAUGAAAUGGCCUUCUUCAAUGUCUGUAGCAAAAAAGUUGAAAUGGGACUUUAAAAC